AAUCGAAUUUUCAUCUGACGUUUGGCCCGCUAGCUUGCAUCUCGGGGCAUUGAAGAAAACGCGUGGAAAACUCUCUUUUCUUUAGUAUUUUAUUUAUUUAACCACGUUGCGGUACAAAGUGCUUCGUUGCCGUAUCUAAAAUGGAGUAAAGCAACCGAAAGCGGGUACAGGAAAGGCGAGCGCCACACGACAAUUUGUCCCCCCUGUUGUCGCGUAUGUCGCGUGCUAGAGUUUACGCCAAAGGGAAAGCAUAGGAAAAGGACCACCCACGGACGGAAAGAAAAUGGGCGCGAACUUGCUGGUGCUGGUCGGUACGAUCGUAGUGCCGGUGGUUGUGAUCUGCUUCGUGUGUAUCGUGACGUUCGUGAAUCUGUACUUAAACGUUAGGAGACGCUUCCCGGCGAAAGUAAAUUGCUGGUUUUGUAAUCAUGACACGCGCGUACCGUACGACCAGUCCAAUUCGUUCGUUUGUCCGGCGUGCAAGCAGUACAACGGGUUUACGGCGGACGGCGACUACAAUCGGGAGAUACCGGAACAGUAUCAGCAGCGGCUAAACAGCUAUCACUAUCACCACCCAUCGAACGUCACGGACGACGAUAAGUGGGACAGCUCGUCGGUCGUUCGGUCGUCCACCGGCAAUGGGCGAAUGCUGACCAGCAACGGGCUCUGUUUCGGCUGCAAUCGUAACCAGGAGUUGAAAAUACAUCAGCUCGCGUCGUUCGUGCCGGAAGAUGAGGACAAUUACGAUGCGGAAGUAGAGGAGUACCGCAAACAGCUGGAACAGGCGUACAAGCUUUGCGGAAGAUGUGAACGCAUCCUCAAGCGCACGCUGAACGAAGUAAAGCGGAACAUACUCGGCUCGAAGCUGGCACAGAUCGGCAGUAAAAGCAUGGACGUGCUCGAUAUGCAUAUACGUGCGUCCGGCAAGCAGCAAGCCCAUCUGAAGCGGGUCCGCUGGGCACGGGUGUGCGUAUGGGCCAUAACGGCGCUGCUGCUGGUGAAGCUACAGCAAGACUUUGCCGACUCGCAAUGGACCGUGGCCGAUUUGAUACUGCUCUGUCCAGCACCGUUGCUUUCCGGCAUUACGGUGCUACUUUCGUACGCACUUGCCAUGCGCGAACUGUUUUACCAGCAGUUUGAUAAGCUCCUGGCGGAACCGAACGUGCAGCAAACGACGGAUCGCAUUGAAGCGAUUGGGUAUGACAUAUUUCUCCAGUACGUUCCGCGAUCGGUGGUGCAAACCACGGCCCAGUACUACGAGACCAUAUCGGGGCAAGUUCCACACGAAAGCCACCCCUCCUUACUGCUGAUCGUAGCGAUUGCAGCGCUGUCAGCACUGCUAGCUUCCAUCGGCAGCCAGCGGACCAUUGUCAAGCAAUCGCUCAUCGUGACACUGUGUCUCGUCGAUUGUGCGCUAAAGUACGCACAGGUAAAGGAUGCAUCGUUAGCGGCGCUGCUGCUCACCACCGGUGCGCUGGCACUAUCGCUCAGCAGCAUCGGGCAGCGGCUUGUGAAGAGCGAUGUGCCCGCCGGUAAUCUGAACUCUAGCUUUCACAAAAUCUACUCCCAGCAGUGCAAGGAGAGUGAUUAUGCCGACGCAAGUAAUGACGGCGCGGAUCAGAGCGCGUCGUGGUCGUUCCGAACGGAUCAAGCUGCCCUUGGCGGCAACGGCAACAAGAGCCCACCAGUGUGCCGUCGACCCGCGACACGUGAUCUGUGUUGCGAUGUUAGCGGGAAAUCGCUCGAUACGACAAAAUCGGGCAGUCCUUCCGCUUUUUCGCUUUCGCCAACGAAUCCCUUCCUGAUGGGCGAUGACUCUCCUCCGCUGGGAUUUAACAAAAUAAGUGGCUCCUUGUUCAACGUCGCUGCUGCCGGUGGGAAUGAGUUGGGCGGCGAUAAACGAGCUUCAUUCAAUAGCAAACACAUCACACCGAAUGGUUCGGCGCAUUCGCUACUGAAAACACCUUCCUUCUCGGUGGAUAACUUUCAAACGGUGGCGCACGGUCUUGCGCACCGGCGACAGAAUCCACGUCGAUCGGGUCCAGCCACAAUGGGUGCCGGGAGUCAGCGUAACCAGUUUCGCUACUCGAUGAGCACAAUCAAUCAGGAGGCGGUGGAGGACGACGAUCUACAGUCGCCACUGAUCGAGGAAGAUAUCGAUCGGCUGUCGAUCAGUGGACGCGUUUCGCUGAACGUAUCCGGCAGUGUGCUAGGUGGUUCUCGCAUGUCUCUCGCUGGCAGCGCGAGCUUGAAUCCGUUUGCAAAAAAGUCACAUCCCGAACCGGAGUACGACGAGCUGGGGGUAAUGCGACCAUCGUCACUGCUCCAUCACCGUGCCCGCAUCUUCCGUGCGCCGGAACCAUCGUCUAAGGGCUUCGCAAAAGACAUCCUGUGGACGGCAGGCAGCGGACAGCUAACGCACAUGUCCCGCACUUCAUCGCAAAGCUCCGGCUUCGAGUCACAGACCGGAACGACGCGCCGUAACACACCGACCGAAGUGGACAUCGGUGCGGAAGGAUCGCACUACACCGGCGGUUCGAUGGCGCGCAGCGAACAACCCUCGCCGGUUCCAUCGUCCGCAUCCGUGUUCGAGUGGAACCACCGUGCCACCAAUACCUCGCAACGGCGCUCGCUGUUUAGCGAGCAAAACCUUUUCAACACUGCCCAGCAACUGCAGCCGCAAGCCCCCCUAGACGGCGGCAAAACUGCACCAACCCUCCAACCGACGCCCUUUGCGUCGGAAGGUGCAGGACUGUUUUUCUCGCCCAAGCUUGCCCGUACAUCGUCGGCCGCCAUCAGCGGGGGAUCGAUUUCGUCGUCAACACUUACCGCUCGGCACAUCUUCCCGCCCCAACAAUCACAAACACCAUCCUACUAUCAUCAUCAGUUUAACAGCCAUACACCGCCUGCCGUCGGAAUGGGAGGAACGGGAGGAACACCCUUCGGCGGCAGCACCACUGCCAGUAAAGCACCGUCGACGGCUUCGCUAGCCGGCACCAGCUUCCAUACCUCAACCAACAAACCGACUGCCAGCAGCAGCGGCCGAGCAAGUCUGCUGAACGUUAGCAAAUUCACAAACGAACUUUAGCAACGGAACAACACUGCCCACUGCCUAAACCCGGACACAGACCAGAGCACGCUCAUUCUUACGUUAAGUAGAUAGGUCAAAAGUAUAUUGGUGUGCUGUAAACACCGACGAGUGAUUGUAAAGGUUAUACGUUUCGCUUUUGUGUUUUUUUUUGUAUUGCAAUUUUUACAUGGAAUAUAAUAAUACUCACUAAAAAGGUGAAAA